CGGCGGCUUUAAAGUCUAAACCUUGAUGAUAGCAUUCAUCGAUUAUUACUUGGGAGGUGAAGAAGGGAAUGGGAUUAUGAAUAAAAAAUUGAAGAGAGAGUGAAAGGAAAGGAAAAUCAAAAUCAGAAUCAGAAUCAAGAAAAUGGUGUUGAACAGCAUGAUGGUGUUCACAGUGGCGCGUGUUUCUGCAGAAACAUGGCAAUGGGUAGCAUGCACUGGUGACCCUCUGAGCAGUGAUGAGAUGUUGAAUCUGCUUUGUUGCUUCCCUUUUCAUCAACUGGGUCGUCUUGCUUUCUGUCUCUGCUCCUUCUUCUGCCUCCCUCAACUUGAUUCCUAUUACUCUUAUAUACCUUCUGCCUCUGAUGAUGAUGAUGAUUCUUCCACCACCCUUGAUUUUGAUGACUUUUAUUACCACUCCCAUUCAGAUUGAAUGUAAAUGAAUUUCAUUAUAAUUAUCUUCAUGAAGUGAUGUAAUGGUAGACUUUGGGUUGGAGGACACGAGAUUCCCUAUUGCAGUCUCCGGUUUCUCAUUCAAUCCCUUAUCUGGUUGCUAACGGAUGAUGAAUUUUUUUUUUCAGAAUAACAUGACACUAGGACUUUAGUAGUGUGUUUAAGCUGCCUCCAUUGUAUAAAAGCAUAUUUUACACUUAGAUUCUUGUAUAUUGUAAAGAGUGAUUUGUUAGUGUUAAUAUACUAUUAAAUUACACUUGAUAUCAAGCCUGGUUUGGGAUUAAGGUAAUGUUAAUGUUUAAAGGGAGCCUGGUGAUAUAAGCUACUUUUAUUCAAAGCUGAACUUUGUAUAGUAUAAA